AUGUUUGCCCGCUCAGUAGCUCUAAACGUUGCCCGUCGGGCCACACGACCGGCCAUGCGCGUUGCCGCUGCGCCCCUCGGCUCCUUCAGUCCAGCGCCGACCCCCAAGCUCCUGACGAUGCAGAUUCGCUCGCUGUCCGAUAAAACACGUGCCGCCAUUGACGAGGCCGUCAGAUCCGCGCCAGUGGUACUCUUCAUGAAGGGCACGCCCGAGACACCCCAGUGCGGCUUCUCGCGCGCCGCCAUCCAGAUCCUUGGCGUGCAGGGCGUCAACCCGGAGAAGUUCGCUGCCUUCAAUGUGUUGGAGGACUCGGAGCUCCGCGAGGGCAUCAAGGAGUACUCGGAUUGGCCGACAAUUCCCCAACUGUACAUCGAAAAAGAGUUUGUCGGCGGUUGUGACAUUUUGGUCUCGAUGCACAAGAAUGGUGACCUGGCCAAGAUGCUGGAUGAGAAGAAACUCGUUGUCGAAGGCGAGGAAUAA